ACCCUUUACUACUCCCGCCCCACUCUUCCUUUUUUUUUUUCUUUUCCGCGCGGGGAUUUGAGUUGGAGGAGGCAGGCAGCUGGGUUGGGGACGAGGACGACGCGCAGCGCAGGAGCAACGCCCGAGGGAAAGCAGCGUACCCAUCCAUUCUCCGGAUGUCCCAUGGCAAUUCCGGACGCCGGAGCGGUUCGCCGCGUCAGAUGCCCGAGGUGCCACUGCGUCCUCGAGGAGCCCGGCGCCCCAGUGUACCAGUGCGGUGGAUGCGGCGCUAGCCUUCGAGCAAAGAACCGCACCGGCACCAGCGCAGGAGACACCGACCUGCCUCCGCCUCCUCAGAGCAGCCACCUGGACGCCAGCGACGUCGCGACCACCAGCAGGUCCAGGUCCAGCACCCCGACUCCUCCCGAUGUCGGGAGCAGUAGCAGGUCCGGCACCCCGACCCCUCCGCAUGGCGGGAGCACUCCUAACGCCACCGCGACUGGCCAUGCCGAGUCCGCCGACCCCGUGCCGCCGAGGAAUCGUGUUUCUGACCAAGUGGCGUUGGUCGAGAAGAGGGGGCGCGAACAGACUUCGGCCGCUCAGGAGGUCCAUGACGGCAGCGCAACAAGAAAUGCCGGUGGAAACAGAGACGCCACCUCUGAAUCGCUGGAUGAUUCAGACAAGAGGACGAAACGCCAGAUCGAAUCGACCGAUGCUGCGAGAAAGAGGCACUCAGGUGAAGCUGCAGCGCAGCCGCAGUACCACCAGCACCAGGACGGUCAUCAACAACUUGCGCCGAAACCAUCAGCUGCUCAACCUGCACGGGGACAAGAAGAAGAAGAAGAUGCAGGGGAAAAGGCGCCGAGCCCAUCUCGUCGCGCUGAGCUCCAAGAACAACAUCUGGGGCCCCUGCGGAAGAAGAUUCUCAAGACGGUGGAUGAGCUCAAAGGCGACCUCUCCCAACUUUUCAGCAAGUCCCCUGAGCUCAACGCGCCACGCGCGCGCCCACCUCGUCUUCCCAAACAAGAAGGCUACGUGUCCCGCGCGGCGGCGGCGGCGGCCUCGGUCCUCCCUGCCAGAGCGCGUCACGCCGCCGCUGCUACCGACGGUUACCGUGGCAGCGCAGCUCGUGCGCCGCUGAAGCCCCGUCAAGCCGCUGCUCCUCCUCCGCGUGGCUUGCCGUCCCGGCGCUACCGCCAGUGCAGAGCGCACCCGGGCUCCCAUGACGUGGAGCCGAGGUCGUGCAGUCACGGGCACGGCUGCUGCCGCCACCACGGCAAGCCGGAGUGCAGCAGCUGCCGAGGGUACUGCUGCAGGCCCAGAGCGCAGCCGCCGGCCGCCAAGGACCCCAAGCGGCGCUUGGCGCCCCGGAACCACUGCCGGCCGGUGCUCAAGGGCGCGCCGUUCAUCGUCUGCUCCAGCUGCUUCAAGCUGGUGCAGGUGCCCGCCGACUUCGCCGUCUCGUCCAGGACGGUGCGCAAGCUCCGGUGCGGCUCCUGCUCCACCGUCCUCUCCUACUCCUACAGGGACCCGGCCAGGAAGAAGGCCUACCAGGACUCCGUCGACCGGUGCAGCACAGUCGGCUCCGAGCUGCACGGCGGCAAAGGCGACGAAGGGCCGGACCCGUUCGCGCCGUUCAUCGACGGCUUCGGGCUCAGCAGCUACUCGACGGAGGACGAGCAGCGGCUGCCCGUCUCGAGGAACACGUCGUUCGACACCCUCGACGGGACCAAAGGCGUGGGACGCCUGCACCGGCUGAUGGGGUACGGGUCGGCUAGCGAGCUGCUGCGCCACUCCCCUGACCUGUACGAGAGCUUCAGCGAGCGGACGACGCCUGACGUGAGACAGCACGACAGGAAAGGGAAAGCCGUUUGCAUCGACGAUGACGACGACAACUACGACGUCGAUGACUCUGACGAGGAAGAGUACAUUGGCGCGCUGAAGCGAUCAGCGGCUAAAGGGUCCGGCUGGUCGCUCCCAUGGAUGCCCGGCAAGGGGACUCCAGCAACGGGAGGCAUUAGGAUCAGGUAAAUACCAGGAAAGGAUUGUGUAUAUUGCAGGAAUAGGUUCAGGUUUGGAAUUCGAAUGGGAAUUCCUAUCGUUGUAGUUUUCUAUUCAUUUUCAGUGCGGUAUUGGAUUUAUAGGCUGUUUGUUUGCCAUUUUUUUCGAGCGCGAAAAUGCUGUAAAAUGAAAUGUAAUUAUUCAGCAUUGGCAGUCUCAUUAUGGCUUUGUUUGGGAACAAGAAAAUUGAUGGUGCCUGAUGAAGAAACGGAAGUGUAUAACAAAGAAAUAUCGCAGUAUCUUUUUUGAAAGAUAUUGUUGCGGUAUGUUGAAACACAAGAACUACAAACAUGAAUUUGUUUGCAUGAGGUGCAAGCGGAGAGCACUUCCAUUAAUAAAUCAAUGCUUGUAAU